AUGUCCUCUAGACCCGAGAUUGUCGGCCAGGAUGCCGGUCCUGAGACCCCGUUCCCCAGACAGAUGGAGGGCAAGGUUAUUUCCGGCUUUGGCCGCGGUUCCAAGGAGCUCGGCAUCCCUACUGCUAACCUGCCCGUCGAGGCUGAUGUAACACCCUGGAUCUCCGAUAUUACGUCUGGCGUGUACUUCGGCUACGCCUCGAUCGCCCUGCCUGCCGACCACCCCGACCGCGCUGGCUCGACCGACGGCUUCCUCGUCUUCCCUAUGGUUAUGUCGAUUGGCUACAACCCCUUCUACAAGAACACGGUGCGCAGUGCGGAAGUGCACGUUCUGCAUAAGUUUGGUGCUGACUUCUACGACUCCCAUAUGCGCCUGCUGAUCUUGGGCUUCAUCCGCGAGGAGAAGGACUACAAGAGCCUCGAGGCGCUGAUUGAGGAUAUCAACUUUGACUGCGAGGUCUCCAAGAAGAGUCUUGCCCGUGACAACUGGAAGCACGACAAGCUUGCUGGUGCAGAGUGGCUCACUAAGGCUCUGUAA